AUUUUUUAAUAAUGGAAAACAAAGAGUUAGAGUAAGAAAUCAAAAAGAAAAUUACAAACAUCCCACUCAAAGAUAGAGCAAAAGUUACAGCUCUCAGAUACUAUUUAAAUAAAUGCAAACAAGCUGAUACAGACAUGGAAACUACUUGUGAUAAUAUCCAAUCGAAAUACGACAAAUUGAGUAUGCCCAUCUAUCAAAGAGUAAGACUCACAUAUAUCUCAUUCAUUAGGCUGAUGAAAUUAUUUUGGGCACAGCCUAAUUGAACGAAUAAAACCUUGGUUUGGCAGCUAAAUUACUAUCAGAGGAAGAAUUACAAUAAUUCAAUGAAGCUCCCAAAGAAUCCAAAGCCAUUCCUGAUUAUUGGUUGAAAGUGUUUAAGAAUGCCGAUUUGUAGGAAUUGCCAUUAUCUGAAAGAGAUGCUGAAGCAUUCAAGUUCUUACAGAAAAUUGAAUUCACAUUGGCUGAGAAUGAUUCAGACUUCUUCCUCAAAUUCCACUUUGCAGAAAAUCCAUUCUUCAAAUAAACCGUUUUGGAGAAGAAGUUCUAUUACGAAGAUGAUGAAUUGACUAAAGUAGAAGCAACAAAAAUCGAAUGGCAUGAUGGAAAGAAUUUAACUAAGAAAUUAAUUAAGAAGGUAUUCUAGUUUGUUGAUAAAUUGUUUAGAAAUAAAGAAAUAAGAAGACAGGGUAAUUUAGAGUGAUUUCUAAGGAAGUUGAUGACGAGAGUUUCUUCUUGUUUUUCAGAUCAAUUGACAUAUCCAAUAAGGAGAAAUAUGACAAAUUACCUGAAGAUGAAGUAUUCAUUUGAAUUUAAAAGUGUAGUAAAUCUCAUUGUAAGGUCAAUUGGAUGUUGAUUAGGAUGUGGGCAGAGAGAUAGUUGAUGAAUUGUUGCCAUAUUCUCUUGAAUACUUUUUGGGAAUAAAGGAAUUCAAGACUGAAGAUGAUGCUGGUGCUGAAGGAGAGGAGGAUGAUGAAGAAGAUGAUGAGGAAGUAGAAGUUCCAGCAAAAGGACAAAAUAAGGGAAUGGACAAGAAGAAGAAAUGA